AUGGCGGGAUUCUGGCUGCUUCUUUCACUGCUGGCUCUGGCAAGGGCGCUGGAAGGGCCAUGUGACAUCUAUGCCCAUGGCAAGACACCCUGCGUUGCUGCACACUCCCUGACUCGCGCGCUGUAUGGAGCAUACUCCGGAGCUUUGUACCAGGUGAAGCGUGCUUCGGAUGGUGCCACUCAGGAUAUUUCCGUGCUUCCGGGUGCAGGCGUGGCCGACUCUACCCUGCAGGAUUCCUUCUGCGGGAAGGACUCCUGCAUCGUGCUCCGCAUCUACGAUCAGUCCCCAAGCAAGAAUCAUCUGGACCUCGCCCCGGCCGGUGGUGCCGUAAAGGCUCCUGACGCGGGCGUGAACGCGAGCGCGAACCGCGUCUUCGUCAUGGACCAGUCAAAGGAGCUCCGCCCCGUCUAUGGCGCCAAGUUCCAGGGUGGCAUGGGAUACCGGAACGACAAGACCGCCGGUGUUGCUGUGGGUGACGAGCCGGAGUCUAUGUACAUGGUCGUGGCGGGGAAGCACUACAAUGGAAAGUGCUGCUUCGACUACGGGAACGCGGAGACCGACAAUCUUGAUCACGGGGUGGGCACCAUGGAGGCUGUCUAUUGGGGUUCCGCAAAAGGCGCGGCCCAAGGGGCGGAGGAGGGGCCAUGGGUCAUGGCUGAUCUGGAGGACGGUCUUUGGGCUGGCGAUGGGAAGAACCCGGGCAACACACCCAUUCAGACCGACUUUGUGACGGCCAUGGUCAAAGGAGACAGCAACAACCACUUUGCUUUGAAGCAUGCUGAUGCCACUGCUGGAGGCAGAAGCCUCGCCAGUGACCAGAAGCAGCUCAAGACGUUGUACGAUGGCAAGCGCCCUCCAAAGUAUGAGAUCAUGAAGAAGCAAGGUGCAAUUAUUCUUGGCAUCGGAGGUGACAACAGCAACUGGGCAGUUGGCACAUUCUACGAGGGGGUCAUGACCCAGGGUUUUGCCAGCGACAGCACAGAUGACCUUGUCCAGCAGAACAUUUUAAAUGCGGGUUACAGGGUGACGGCCAGUACUGCAGUCGCGGACGAGCUGUUUGAUCCGCAGCCCCGAGACGAUGCCUUCCUCCGCGGUCUUGGGAAACUUCCCUGGAAGCACCAGCGCGAGGCGGUCGGCCGCCUGCUGCAUGAGCUGCGAUGCGAUGAGAACCCUCAGACCGCCAGUACCGCCAACCUCCUGGUGCAGCACGCCACAGGCGGCGGCAAGUCUGCGACCAUGGCAUGGCUGGUCCAUUGCCUGGGCGUCGAGGACUUCAAGGGGCGCAGCUUCAGCCUCAUACUGGUGCUGAGCGAUCGGCUCCAGCUUGACCGCCAGCUGGGAGACACGGUGGAGCAGUUCCUGCUCCGGAAUGGAUGGGAUGCAGACAGCAUCCGGCGCGCAGAUGACGGUCGGAACUGCCUUGCCAAAGCGCUCUUGCCAGCAUUGCGUCCGGGGCGCCAGUGCCUCACUGUCAUCACUACCAAACAGAAGCUGGACCGGCUGCCCAAAGUUGGGACGAAAGUGGCUCAAGGAUCGCUGGCGGCUGUUCUUGGACGGGGCCGUGUGGCGGUGGUUUGCGAGGAGUGCCACCGCGCUCACUUCCAAGAUGGCGCCACCUUUGCCGCGGUCUCGCGCUUGUUUGGCACUUGGGGUUCGGUUGGGGGCCAACCUGAGGGUGUGACGUACAUCGGCUUCACCGGAACCCCUGGCCACAGCGCACUCCGGCUCUUUGGGCGCCUGGACGCCAGCCCAUGUGGCCUCGCCUGGCAGCCGGCACACUGCUACCACUUGGGGCAAGCCGAGAAGGAUGCGGUCGUCCUGGAUGUUAUGGAGAACUACAAAGACGUCCACCUGGCCCCUGGCCCGGCCGUUGAGACAAAAGCCAACUACAUCCUCAAGGACCUGGAGGGUCUGGGUCGGAACUACGAGCCCGGCUUUGCCGCGGUGUUGAAGGCGAUGGUGGUCUGUCAGUCUCGCGCUGAUGUCGUGGGCUACGUGUCGGCCUUGCGUCAGCUCCUGAGCUCGGGCCGCUAUGCCUUGCCAGGGGGACAGAGGCCCGCUGAUUGGACCCGCAGCAUCUGCGGCUUCUACAGUGGCCAGGUUCAGAGCUGGGACGAAGAGCGCUUGAAUGGCAGCCCGCUGCUGGAUGCAUGUCGAGAUGCCAGGAUCCUCGUGGUCUGCAACAAGCUGGAGACUGGCUUCGAUGAGCCGCGCCUGGCGGUAAUGUACUUGGACAGGUGCCUGACGAGCCCCAUGAAGAUGGUCCAGGUCUUGUCCAGGCUGAACCGAUGCUGCCAUGGCAAGCCUCACAUCUUCGUCCGCGACUUUCAUGGCCAGGCGCAGGCGGCAUCUCUGAAAAUCUCUGCCUUCCGGCGGCGCGUGUCCUUGCGUGCGACGGCCGGUCAGGCAGAGGACGCCCAAGACAUGCUCGCAAAGUACGAGGCACGGCUGGCCGAGCAGCUCGGCACGGGUCCGCCAGACCGCCUCGCCGCUGCUCUCAAGGCAUAUCGGCGACUGUGCUUCACGCUUGGCUUGCCAUGCCGACAACGGCGCCUUGCUGGCUUUGCAGCUGCGAGUCUGCGCGUCAUGAAGGCUGCUGAAGCACCACAGGGGCCGGUCGUCUUCAUUCAGGAGAAGGUGGCCCGGGAUCUCUUGCAUCAAGUGCAGUGCAGCAGCAGGUACGGAGGCCGCAAGAGGAGCCAUGGCGGAAGGAAGCGACACGUGGCGGCCCCGGAGGCGCAGCUGUCAGCUAGCUGGCGCCUGGCGAUGCGGUCGCAGGUGGUCGGCGCUGAGGAGGACCUGGUUCGCCUCCAGCUCGUCUGCGAUGAGAUGACGGCUGAAGGCCCUUUGGAGAUGGUCUUGGCUGGCCCAACAGACCAACUGAAGCUGUUCUGGCAGGCAGUGGAUCUGCACCUCGAGUUCUUCUCUGUCAUCCCCGAGAUGCGGAAGGCGAACGGUCAAGUGCCUUACCCGGUCUUCAUCUGCUCGAAGGGUCGUGCCUCCACAGCUCAUCUGGAGUGGCGUGCCCCCCACUGCCUUGGCAGCACGUUCGGCGAGAGAGGUGGCCCGCCUGUGGUCAUUGUGGUGGAGCCUCAGGAGGAAGCUGCCUACAGGUCAAAUUGGCCUGAUGCUCUGUUGCUGGUGCUCCCAAGGCCGGCGACCACCGCGAUCGGCUUUGCUCGGUGGGCCGUGCAGCGGCUCUGCACCGGGGCUGCCGAGCAAGGUACGGGUCGCAAGCUGCGGCUUCCCUUCAUCUGGAUGGCAGACGAUCUGCUCGUGAGCUUCUACAGGCUGGAGAAGGUCCUGCCCGCAGGCCAGGCCCACUCGCGUGACAAGAGGAUCCGCCGAGCGCUCCCCCGAGCUGGCUUUCAGGAGGCUUUCCUGGCGGUGCAGCGCAGAGAGGACAUCUGCAAAGCUGCUGUGGCGGGCUUCCUGCGCGACCGGGGUGGCAACCUCCACAUCACGAAGGACUGGGCGAUCGACGGCUCCUUGUCCCUCCAGAAGGUGGUCUUGCUGAACCUGGUGCGGCUGCGUGAGCUGCAGAUCGAGUACUGCCCUGCGCUCCGCAAGUCCGAAGACUUGGCCCUCUGCUACGAGGUCAUUCGAGCCACAGGAAAUCUUCUCAAGUGCCAGUGCUAUGCCUACCGCGCGAUCCACCUCGAGCGGGGUGGUGCGGAGGAGGUGCGGAAGGAGUGCCGUGGCAGCCUUUCGAGCGGCUACGGCGAGCCUGCUCGGCUUCUCUUGGGAGGGCGGCCUGUACUUCAAGCCUUGCCGACGGGGCAGAAGGUUGCCGCAGAGGCCUUGCUUGCCUGGAUGGCCCAGGGGAGGAGCCCCAGCGCCGCAGAUGAGCAUGGGGACCACAACGAUGGCGCGGAGGACGUGUCAGAGGCACUGCUAGACAGGCCUUCCGACUUGCCCAAGGCUCAGCCACCAGCACGAGCUUCCAAUGAAGAGAGAUCGCCGCCCGCUGCGCAAGAGGGCUCCAAAGCAGGGGCUGGCAAGUCUGUAGCAUGGUUGACCAAACUGCCCAAGGCUGGGCGUCAGGGAGAGGAAGGAGAUCCCGUGCGAAAGCGCCGCAGGGCGCAAUCUGCACGAUGA